GUUCAUUUGGGUUCGCCUCAUGUCGAUACCACCAACUUUGCCUUUUCCUCACCAUUUCUUUGCCGAUUCGUCCUUUUUUUCGCAGGGGAAGUGGCAGUCCAGUUCAAGACAUCCAGGAGACUUGAAUGAAGAGUUUCUUUCACCGCAAACAUGUCCCAGAAGCACCAGCCCCAAAGUCGACCGUGAAGAAAAAAUCCGAACAUCACAGGAGCUGGCUGCCAACAGGUGGCGAUUCAUCUCGUCAGAAUACCUCGAGGCAGCCAGAGCCUACCGAUAUUAGGCAAAAAAUCGCCCAGGACGACGGCAAGCAACGCAGCAGUCGGCGACCAGAUCCCCAGUCAGUCCCCGCGUUGCACCUAUCUCAUAUCGCUCUGGUCAGGGAGACACCUGUUACCAAAGGUUCGGCUACGUCGCCCAGUUAUCCUGCACCGCCGCCCGUUGUCGAGCCUCACGCGUCACGUCCUCCACCGGCAAGCAAUGUCAGUUCUGCUUUUCUUAAGUCACCAACUCCUGCACCGACAGUCCCGAGACAAUCCUCUACGAUGCAAGGCAGUUUAAGACCUAGCGAUCCAAUGCCGACCUCCAAUAUUGAGAUCAGCUCUUGGUUGAAUUCCAAGCCGAUCAGGCAGAGCCAUUCCCGCAUCAAGACCGUGUCGAAUUCCACGCAUCCCGAAUUUUGGAUACCCCCCCAGGACUCAGUCAGAUCCUCCACCGAGAAACCUAGCGAUAGACGCGGUCAUUCGCGUAGUCGAACUGAUCCCGCGGGUGUAAUACUCCCUCCAAACUCAAUCUUAGGACCAGAUGUGGGACAUACUUUACCUCGGAAACAUCGAGAGAGGGACGGCGACAAAGAGAGGGAGAAAGAGAGGGAUGGAAAGAAGGCACACGAGCCCAUGGAGGCUGGGAUCCCGAUAUCUGCAUCGGCCUCGUCUAGGAAACACAGAGAAAGGGAAAGUCGAGGGAGAGAGAGGGAGAGAGAACGGGAGAAAGUCACCAAGAAAGUCGCAGAAUUUCAUGAUCCAGCAGGUUCAUCUUCGCGAAGACCAGGAGAAAAGUCUAACCAUACAGACGACGAAGGUCAAAGAACGCGCGACAAGCCAGAGAAAACCCGGGACCGAAGGAGAGAGGAUGAUGGGGAACGAGAACGGUUGAGAGAGAAGGAGGACAAGCGGCGGGAGAGAAACCUGGAGACGGAUAGACAUUGGCACAGUGAUUCGGAGCGGUACAAGAAGGCAGAGAGCUCAAGGCAUCUCAGUUCCGAAGUCCGGCAGUCUGAGAGAGAAAGAAUGCGCGCAAGGGUGCGCGAUGCUAGUAGACCGAUGCCACCAGAGCCAGCACGGGAGCUCGAGCACAAAUUUCGUGGAGUCCCAAUGCCAACGCGCUCUUAUGAAGAGGGUGACAGUUCUGAUAGCUCUAAGCCCCGACCGGUGGCGCACAGACACCGAAGGCAUCGAACUAUUGAUGAAGGAAAUACUGUGAGAAUGAAGAUCCAUGAAAUCGUUCCAUCAAGUUUGGGCCGCGAACCUCCCAUUCGUCCGGUAUCUCCUUCCAUGCUUCUGUCGUUCCAAGCUACUCCUGACUCUCAGAAACCAACUUGGGACACGCCUCGCAAAGAUAUUCCAGUCGACCGCACCAACCUCUCCACAGAGGGAAGGUCGCAAAACUCUGCUUCUGCCUCUAUGCUUGAAAAGUUGCCAAAUGCUGUCGGCGUCAACAAAGGUCCUCCAGGUAUCGAAAAGUCUACUAUAGGUCUCUCUGGGAUGUCACGCACACCAGUGGCCUUGGGUACCCGUGAGGUGCAAGAUCAAACGGAAAUACUUAUUACUGUACCCCUGUCCAGAUCAACGCCUCCCGAAAAACUUGUACCAGAACAGCUACCUGCUCAGGUCCCAAGAACUAACAUUGUCACACCUUUGCCUGCACCCAGUGCCCCUAGCACUCCUGUUUCUAUCUCCCAGCCACAGCCACCAAUCCAAUCGGCAACACCUAAGCCCCUUUCUGGUCUUAGAGGUUUGGAAUCGAACAUCCAACAAACUUCAUCAUCUGUACCCACAGCUUCGUCGACGCAAUCGCAAGCACCUGCCACAAUUGCUCCCGCCAGCGCUGAGACAGAUUCAACUUCCCGAGUUUCCAAGUUUGCGCGUAAGUCAAGAAGCAAGGAUUCCAUUACUCCAAGAAAUGUUCCUUCGUUGACUUCAAAUGAGAAAGACAAGGUUCUCCGUCCUGAACCGACAUCUGGAACUCUAAAUGGCCGAGCCGAAGCAUAUCCUAACGCAGCGAUAAUCCUAGCAUUAUCAAGCACCUCCAAGUCCGAUACCAGGGUGUCACCUAAGAAUUCGCCCAUGGAGCAGCAAACUAGGGAGAUUAAUCCAUCUUCUGUACCAAUCACUUCACAAGAACGCCAGAUUAGUAAUUCUACCAAUGACAGUUCUAUUAAGCCCAUGGCCUUUCCGAGUAUCAUCGAUGAAUCAUCUCCGAAGCACAAACGACUGAACAGUACAGGCGCUGUUGAUACAAACCAACACUCUUCGAUCUACGUGAACAAAGAGAAUUUCAGUGCCAAUGAUGCUAAUGUACCACCGGUUACGCGUGUCGAUGGUCGUAUACCUGGUGUUGUGCCAAAUAUGAACAUCGGACUUUCUCUACCACGUUCAUCUACUUCAAUGGGCAUGACACCACAUAAAAUACCCAGCAUUCCAAUACCGCUUGCUACCUCUGUCCAAACCUCCUCGAAUGCCGUCAUCGGCGCAUCUUUGCACCGCCCAUCUACCGCCGUGGGAUAUACACGUGUGCAAACAUCGCAGUCCUUGCGCCCUGAUAAUACGCGCCCUGUCGUAUCCGAGUUUCGUAGGGAUGUGCUGUUAAAUUCCCAAGCUCAGAUCCAGACUCCUUCAGGAAACUCAUCCGCUCCUAAUCAAGGUGAUAGCAACGCCCAGCGUCAUUCUCCUUCUUCAGCUAUUCCCGCGAAUGAUAUGGGCCGAGUGAGGCAUGAUAGUUCCAGUUCCGUGAUCAACGUAGCACCUGCUACCGAGAAAUCUUCUCCGUUUCCUGCGGAGACUCCUUCAGUUCGUCUUAUGCCCCAGUCGAGCAACUCUCCUUUCAUGCAGGCAUCUAGUACCCCAAAGCUUGCGACGACCGAUGAUCCACGGGAUGUCGUCGAACUCGCUGUAGGAUUUCCAUCUAUCCCUGAAACAGCUUCACGUGGCGUAGGUCUGUCUCAGACGACUAGUAACUCUGUGCUGAAGUCGGAAAUAAAGACAUAUGGUCUUCCAAACAGUUCAACACCUGCAUUUUCUGCACGACCCGAUAUUACUACCGCAAGAGCGCCGGCGCGUGACGCGCCUACACCUAGACCCGUAUACAGACACCCACGUUUAGCAGAGCUUUUGACUUCUACCUCCACAAAAGUGGUAGAGUGUCAUGUAGAGGAGCCGCACGCGGGUCAAGUAGAUGAAACCAAGACACCAUCAAAGCCGUAUGCACCAGACAUUGCUACGCAGCCCCCUGCACCUGUUCAAUAUUCACCAAAACCGUCAAGUCCUUCGGCUAGGUUUGUACAGCCUUCGUCCUCAAAAUCGACGCCUCUGUCAAUAUCCGAAGCCCAAGCACUCAAUUGCUUUCCGCAGCCCCCACCUCUGCGUAAGAGCCACAACCAUAAUGUUUCUCAGUACACGAUACUACGAUCUAAUGACCUGUCUACGUCACGUCUAUCCCAGACCAAACUUGACGUUAUUCCGACACCACCGACCACAAAUCGGAUGGAGAGUGUUCGGCCAAAUCCAUCGAUCCAGGAUGUCUCCAUUAUGCCACUACAACAUGAGCGGAUAUCGUAUACACCCGCGAAUUCAAUUAGUGUAGGCUCUUCGGGAACCGGCGGGGGUGACCGUCAUGCUACUCUGGCAAAUCUAUCAAACAGCCGUGUGUCGAACAAUAUGAUAUGGAACCCCACAAUGCAAUCCAUCAUGAGCCCCGCGAUGGCCCCUCAGUCCUCUACUCGUUUACAAGAAAGGACAACGCCUCAAGCACCCCAUUCUACGCCAACUCCUGCUUCAACUGCUGUGAAUAGAACCUCCGGAAAGACGUACACUUCAUAUAGUCAACGGUACGGUGUACCAUUAACCUCAGCUUCAAAUCCUGUCACAGCUCUGGAUGCUGCUUUACAUACUCCGCCCACCACACAGGCUGCUGGUCCCUCAUCUUCAUCCUCUGCGCCGCCAUCGCAGCACCAUCCGUCUGUAUUGCUUUCAUCGAAUUAUAUAUCAGCACCGUCUCAAGCGAAUAUUAAUUCUACUCCCCGCCCAAGCAGCUCCCAGUCCCCUGUUGUCCCUAUCCAUCCGAGUCCUGUGAGUCGGCAUCCAUCGCAAGAUUCUAUCCUCAAAACGCCGUCGUCCCUUACACCGUCUGUUUUAAAGCAAACACCAUCUCGCACAUCACUUUCUGCAUCGAUGAAUUCUCAAUCCCAUGAAGCCAAGAAGAAAGGCUUUUUAGGCUUGUUCAAAUCUAAAACGGCCCAGCCUUCGCAGUACGAGAUUUGGAAGCCUCCAGAACCGAGCGGUCCCCGCAAAAGUGACUCAAAAACCGCCGAACCAGCAUCUGCUUAUCACAGCAAGGGGUUGGCGUCUAGAGUCAAGGUACCACCGCCCGUCUCUGUGCCCACUACAACUGCUAUCCCCAACGCGAGUAGAAAAAGCCCAGCGAAGACUAAUUUCACCCCUUUCAAACUCCUUGCGGCUGCAUCCAAGCGAAAUCGUACAGUAUCAGCGGCAUCGGCAGAAGCUGUCGAUGGUACCGCACCAAAUACAGUCGUAGGUUCUCCGACAGCAUCGAUGCAUAGCCAAACCCCUUUGCAGGUUCCCCCCCCUCGAGAUCCUAUGGUUGCCACAAGGGAAUGGCGCGAGCAAAAUGCGGAUAGUUAUCGCAAGAAUGGCAAGAAGAAUCGUCCGGGGGUGGUAUUUGAGUUGGCCGAAGAACCAGCGGAGGAUAGGCCGCGACUGAGACCGAUAAGAUCUAGAGGGAGUCCCAGGGGAAGUCCGAAGCAUUCAAGCUAAUACCCCGGAGACAUGAGUGCUGUAAUCCAUAAUAUGUAUAUCUAGUGAGGAUUUAUGUAUUGUAAUAACCUACUCAUGUAUUAUUUAGUAGACAUUGUUUUAUAUCUGGGCUAGUACUAGUGAUACGUUCCAUGGAGA